UGUUCUCCGUCUUUUGAAGAACCAUGAAGAAGCUCUACCGCAAAGGAACCGUUCACCCUUCGCCGUCGCUGUCGCCGCUGCCGCCACCGCCACCGCCACCGCCACAGCCAUCCAUCUCCGACCACCUCUCCUUCCUCCCCGCCGCCAUCCUCACCCUCACCCUCGCUCUCUCCCCUCAAGACAAGGAAGUUCUCGCCUAUCUUAUCUCAUGCUCCUCCUCCGGCAACAACCCUCGCCGGUACCCCAAAGCUAUCGUCGACGGCGAUCACCCUCCUCUCUUCAACUGCAGCUGCUUCCGUUGCUACAUGAGUUACUGGGCCCGAUGGAACUCCUCUCCCAACCACCAACUCAUACACGAAAUCAUCGACGCCUUCGAAGACUCGUUGUCUCAGAACACAAAAAAGGGUAACAAGACCAGGAAGGAGAAGAGAAACAAGAGAGCCUCCAACAACAAACCCUCUGAGUCGAAUCGCUUGGAGUUCGUGGCUUCGGCGUCUCCUGAGUCGGAAUCGGUGGGAGAGAGUAGUAUUAGUGGGGGUGGUGGUGACGCUGAAGUUGGUGAAAGCGGUGAUGGGGUUGAAGAUGAGGAGAAAGGGUCAGUGAGAAGGUUUGUGAGUUUCAUUGGAGAAAGGAUUUGGGGUGGUUGGGGUCAGUGAAUGAUUUUGCAAGAGAAAAGGUGGGUUUAAUCCUUCCCCUUUCUUUCUUUUUUUAUUUAUAAACCAAUUUCUUUCUUUUUUUUUCAUUUUGUACAUUAAUCAGUAAUCACUUCUCUGCAAUGUA